AUGGGGGAGGCGCUGACAGAUGCAUGUGGCCCCAGUGUUCGCUUCGUUUUCCGAGGCCUGGAAGACUCGCUCCACAGCGCAGCGGCAGAUUUGGACGUCGCCCUGCCGAGUCUGCUGCGCCUCCGUGUCCGCUGCAGCGCUGCUCCUCGGUCUGCCCCCCUGGCCAGCCGCACGGCGGCGGGCGCAUGCGAUGCGAAGACCGGGCCCGAGGCUUCACGGUCCGAAGGCACUGAACUCGGCAUCGCUCGGGCGCGUGCAUUUUUUCUCGGCGAGGACCAUCGACGAUCACAUCCUGGAUCAUCGAGCAACAAAAUAUGUUGUGUCGGCGGCUAG